AUGGCGUCGAACCCCCCAGCAGAAUGUUGUAGUAUUGGCGUCAAACACGAAGGUGACCCAGCAGGACAAAGUGUUCAGAUUGCUUCGCAAUGGAGCGCUUACAUCGCCGCCCCACACGAGAGAAAGGAGCACAAGAAUAUCGCUUUGCUCUAUCUUCCCGAUGUUCUCGGUAUAUGGCCCAAUAGCCAGUUGAUGGCGGACCAGCUGGCAGCCAAUGGUUAUUUUUGUAUGGUGAUAGACCUGUGGAACGGUGAUCCCAUGUCUCUCAAUCAAAAGACCGACUGGAUGAAAUGGCUCAGCGAGGGCUCGGAUGGCAACAAUCCACAUACUCCAGAGGCCAUUGAUCCUAUUGUACAGGCUGCUAUCAAGACCCUCAAGGAAGACUAUGGGUACAACAAAAUCGGUGCUUUGGGGUACUGCCUAGGAGCUAAGUACCUGGCCCGCCACUACAAAACUGGAAUCGACGUUGGAUUCAUGGGCCACCCAUCCUUCAUCGAGGAAGACGAACUUAGAAGCAUCAACGGUCCGCUCUCUAUUGCAGCUGCUGAGAUCGAAGUCGUUUUCCCUGCUGAGAAAAGGCACAGGUCCGAGCAAAUCCUUAAGGAGGUUGGACAGCCAUACCAAAUCAAUCUGUUCUCUGGAGCAGCCCAUGGCUUUGCUGUCCGAUGUGACACUUCCAAGAAGGUUGAGAAAUUCGCCCGGGAGCAAGCGUUUCUUCAGGCUGUGAGGUGGUUUGAUGAGUGGUUGCUUUAG